AUGAGGCAACGGUGGCCUGACCUUUACCCUCCCGUUCUGCAAGAGCCCAUAGGACCUAUGGGACUCCUUAAGCGGUACUUCAAGGGGCUGAUUACCUAUCAUCAAGGCUUCCAGGUCUUCCCCGGUGUGACAGACUUCUUCCAGAUGAUCUGCACAAUUCCAUGCGUCGUAACUGAUGUCGUACGCUGCUUUACGUCCGAUUCCAACCCAAUUGCCAUUGACACGAAAACCGCCGGCAAGACAGAACCCUCUUCCCAGCCAGAUUCGCAUGCUACUUCCAGAACCGUCAUCCUCAGGCAACAGUUCAAUACGCCCGAUCGGAUCUCAGUCACCAUCAGCGUCAUCGCCGUCUUCGAAAAAGGGGCUCUCCAGAGCAGGACUCUAUCAUACACUCAACCAUAUUUCCCUUACGCCAAGGAGAGGCCGAGGAGACACGGGGGCAUGUGA